GACUCCAAGUUUGAGACAACGAACAGAUAUUUCAACAGUUAUAUUUAAAACCCUAUACGUACCGUUCGCGUAGUUUAGAUUUUCGAAUUCAUCAUUCAUUACUGACUACUGAGUAGGAUGAAAGUCGUAGAUUACCAAUUAAUAUUUAAGCGAGUAUUUAUUACAAAUUAUUGGUGAAAAUAUCGAUCACUGAUGAAGUGAAGUUCGUGUUGCAUGGUAAAAGUCUCGCGGUUCACAAAAUGGAUAAACAUCGACAACAGAAGCAUUCGAAUUUUAAUCUGUAUCUGACUACGUGUGCAGCCAAUUUAGCAACAGUUUCUGCCGGUUGUACGAUGACCUGGACAUCGCCAACUCUACCAAAAUUAUUCCAGCCAAAUGAUUACCUCACAAUAACCAAAGAAGAUGGUGCCUGGAUUGGAUCCUUGCUACCCCUGGGAGCUUGCUUCGGACCUCCUUUAAUCAUUCUAAUCGUUGAUAUAAUCGGCAAAAAGUUAUCGAUACUCAUGUGCACGAUGAUAAUACUAGCGCACUGGUUAGUAAUAGCUAUGAUUAACUCACUGGAGGUGAUUUACAUAGCUAGGUUUAUUGCUGGCAUGGCUGUUGGAAUUGUUUUCAAUCUUAUUCCGGUUUACAUUGCUGAAAUAUCAUCGGACGAGACUAGAGGAUUUACCGGAUCGUUAUUUCUACUUUUCUUGUAUAUUGGUUUCAAUAUCCCUUACAUAGUUGGACCAUACACGUCCAUUUUAACGCUGGUUCUGGUCGCUGCUGCGAUACCUUUGUCUACAAUGCUGCUUUUCAUCUGGGUACCGGAAUCGCCGCAUUAUUUGUUGGAAAAAGGACGAAAACAACGAGCAUACGCGGCUCUGCAAUGGCUCAGGUCAUAUCCUGAGAAAAGUCGCGUCCAACAAGAAAUUGCUGAUUUACAGGAAAUGUUGGAUAAAUCUCAAGAUGAAAAACUACACACUGGUUCAAUGAUAAUCCGGAUGACGCAGCGUAGAAGUUUAAAAUCUCUUUACUACGGUUGUAUGCUGAUUUUAUUCCAACAAAUGGCAGGAUAUAAUGCUGUUGUAUUCUACAGCGAAGCCAUAUUUAAAGAAGCUACAACUAUUUCAUCCAGCUUAGCGACUAUUAUCUGUGGACUAGUGAUGCUGACCGCAUCUACCGUCGUUCCUUUGAUGAGUAAAUUGUUCAGAAUCAAGCAUCUUUUAUAUUUUUCAACUAUCGGAUGUCUAUUUUUUCUGAUUAUAUUGGGGAUUUAUUUCAAGUUCCUCGAAUUGGGUAAAGCUAGCGAAUCUGUCAGUUGGGUUCCUAUCUUCUGCAUCGUUGGAUACAUAAUUUCCCAUUCUCUAGGUUUCGGACCAUACCCUUGGGUCAUCGUAGCAGAAAUUUUCCACCCUUCUGUGAAAUCCUUCUCAUCAGCAUUCACUACAUCCAUCUGCUGGUUUCUGUGUUUCCUAAUUACCAGACUUUUUACCACAUUUGUCGAUAUGCUAGGAUCUUCGGGCACAUUCUGGUUAUUCGCUGGGUUCUGUUUGAUAGCACUAAUUUUUCUAAUAGUGCAAUUGCCAGAUACUCAGGGUAAAUCGUUUCAAGAAAUCCAAGAUUUACUCGGUACAAAAGGAAAUGUCAUUCGGACGGAAGACAUGAAGUAUGCUCAUGAUAAAAGUGUAUCGAAGUCCUAGAACGAUUCUUUGGACUUAUAUCUGGCUGUGAAUAUUUAGUAUUGCAAAGCUUCCUGUAAGGAAGGGUAACGUGCUUUUGAAAUCAAACGUCAAUUUUUAGGCAUUUAGGAAAGCUUGGAUAAAUUACUUACCUAGAGUUAUUCCCUCCUAAUGAAAACGGACAUUUUUUUCUUAUAAUAUGAAUAGGUAGUGAGUUAUUUUAGUUGAAAAAGAUUCCAUAUUCCAGUUUAUAUUUAACACGUAAAAUGAAGAUUCACAACUCAUCCCAAAAAAAGGAAUUUAUCUAUGAAAAAUUUCUUCAGAUAGUAUUGAACGAUUAUGAUCAUAAUGUGUCUCCCUAAGGAAUUUUCUAUAUUUUUUUAGUUCUCUUUCAGGAAAAAAUGAUUGAACAAAUUUAAAUUUAAAAAUUUCUUAAAAAUGGAAAAAUGAAAUUUUGCAUUUGAAAUUAAUUAGGUAAUUGGUGGUGUAUCUCUGUAUAGGUUUCUUUGCGUUUUAUUUAUUCCCUUUAAAAAUAUUUUGCCGGUAGGAAUACUUCUCUGAUAUGGGAAAAUAUUAAAAUCAUGUCAUGUGUCAGGUUAGUUUUGGAAAAAGAUUUUAAAAAAUCCUCUUUGGGAAGCACAUCAAAUUGAAAAAAACUAAAAAAAAACAUUAAUUUUAACCUACCUACUCAAAUGUUUUUUUUUUUUUUAAAUUCAAUAAUUUUAGUAAAGUCGAAUAAUUUUUUCCGGUUUUGGAUUCGGACUAUGUGGUCCAUAAACCCUAAAAAUUGAAUUAAAAUACAAAUUUAUAAAUAAAUACCUGCCUGCCUGCUUUAAAUUAACUUGUAAAAUUAGGGCACUGUGUUGUAUAGUGCCUUAGUAAAAUAAUAGGCUUUUUAUGUGAAUCAUUCGUGGGUAUUUGUGUUUUCUUUUUACACAAAAAUCACUUGCUCCAAUUAUUUAUGGAAUGUUUUCUUCGCAUAAUUGAAUUUUCUAUCAUUUCUACAAUUUGAAGCACACGUCGUGAAAAAAUGUGUUUAAAAGGUUUUUUUCAACUUUGAUUUUCAAAACAAAAAAAAAAUACAAGUUUAUCAAAAUUCAAUAAAUUAGGUAUUUUUUUUGUAUUUUGUAUUUUUUUGGAUAAAUUAAACACACAAAAAAAUAUAAUGAACCUUUAUUUCAAAUUUCCGAUAUCAAUUUUUUGAGUCAUGAAUUCACCCAAAACUAUAUUAAAAAAAGAAAAAAAACCUUCAAACAAAAAAAUGUUUGUUUUGCUUUAAAAAAAAAAAAAAACUUUUCUGCCAACAUCGAUUGGAGUAAGUAUAAUAUAAAGACAUUUUUUCUUUUUCUUUCGUCAUUUUAGGUAUACCAAUCUAUAUUUUUCUGAAAUUGAUUAAGUAAUAUACAUUUUUCAAAGCUGUAAUCACUCUGAAUCAUUUUGAGGAUUGAGUAAAUUGGAAAUUAUUAUUAUAAGAAAACAAACGGUUACCUCAGAAAGUUCCUUAUUAUCUCAACCUUAAGUAUAACUUGUAAGGAAUAGAAAAAUGUAAGCAUUUAUAUAAAUAUACCUAUGUAGUAUUCUUGA